AUGUUCAAACCGGGCGGCAUCACCUUCCUCGAGGGCUUCAUCUUGUUCUGCGCCACCAUCUGCACCCCCCCUUACAUUGUGAAGUCUUGGAACUACAUCAUCGGUGUGUGCAUCAAUGCUUUCGGCAACGCGGAAGAAUCCAUCUACCCCUACUUUGACGCCAACGGUCCGCUUCCAGAAAUCACCUCCAUCACGGCCCUCACCAUCUGCAUGCGCAAUGAAGACCCGACGCCGAUCUUCGCCCGCCUCCACGCCAUGCGCGAAAGCCUGCGCCAAACCGGCCGCCUUCAGCACUUCCGGUUUGUCAUGGUCAGCGACACCAGCCUUCCGGAUGUGAUGCAGAUGGAAGAAGAAGGCUUCGCCCGCCUUCAAGAUAGCCUCAGCAAGGGCAUGUCCCAAGCCACCGUAUACCGCCGCCGCGAUAAGAACACGGGCUUUAAGGCUGGCAACAUCAAGGACUAUCUCGACAACUACUCCAAAGGGGACGACUUCUUCGUGGUGCUCGACUCCGAUAGCGCUAUGAGCGGAGACUUGCUGGUCCGUAUGGUCUCCAGUAUGGAAAAACAUCCUCAGAUGGGCUUGCUGCAAACCCAGCUCACCGGCAUGCCGGCCGUCGGCACCUUUGCUCGCCUCUUCCAGUUUGGCCUGCGCUAUAGGCAGCACACGUACAACAUCGGGAGCAGCUGGUGGGUGAACGAUUGUGCGUUUUACUGGGGCCACAACGCCAUGAUCCGGACCAAGGCCUUCCACGAGAACUGCAUGCUGCCGAUUCUCCCGGGCAAACCGCCGCUGGGUGGCUGCAUCCUCAGCCACGAUGUCAUGGAAGGCAUUUUCCUGCGUCGAGGUGGCUACGAAGUCCGGAUGAUUCCCAUCGAGACCGAAAGCUACGAGACCAACCCGCCGACCUUUCUCGAUCACCUGCGCCGUGAACAGCGAUGGUGCCAGGGCAGCAUGCAGUACUGGUUCAUGCUGAAGGAGCCCGGCCUCAAGCCUGUCAGCCGCUUCCAGGGGCUGCUGGGCGGGUUCGACGACACCGAAGUUGACUUCAGAUCCAGCCCGCAACUGAUUAUCAUCGGCGUUUACCUAUUGCCUCAAAUCGCCGGUAUUAUCGAUAUUGCGGGAAAUUCCUUUCAACGCUACGGCGGCGGCUUCCGCUGUAUCGUCUCCGUCUUGCUGGAACUCAUCCUCAUGACACUCAUCGGACCCGCUACCGCCGUGGCCACGACCGUCUUUCUUUGCGGCCUGUUCAUGGGCAAGUCUAUUACCUGGGAUGGCCAGAACCGCGACCGGCUCGGCCUCAGCUGGCGAGACACUUUCCGUGUCCUUUGGCCGCAAAGUCUGAUCGGCUUUGGCAUCGCCGGCCUGCUCACCGUCAAGGAUACCAUCCCGCAGAUGUGGGCUCUGCUCUUUGUUACCAGCCUCUGUCUGGCCAUGCCCUUUGCUGCCCUCACCGCAUCGCCGCGUCUCAGCCAUAUUACUAUCCGCCUGCGCCUCUUUACGAUUCCGGAAGAGGUCAAACUUCCACCGCUCCUGUCCCUGCUGAUGGCGCCGGAAACUAUCUCCGCUACCAAGGCUCCGGCUGUCGAGAAAGCAUCCAACUAAAUCGACGUGAAAAAGGGCUUAUUCCUUUGCCUUGAGGAACGAAAGGCUUCUUUUUCAAGAAGCUGUCACUGUUCUCAGUGACCUCUUCUAGCUAGCUAGUUCUACAUUUUUCUUCUCCAUUGCAUCUUGCGAUCUUCCUUCCUCAUCAGCGCAGCCCUCAGCUCCGGCUGUGGCGUUGCUUGGCGCGGUACAACGGGGCGUUUUCGUUUUAUUCAUCGUCCGAGGGAUGCCCGUGGAGUUGAACCACUGUAUCUCCCAAUUGAGUUGAUAGUGUUGAAUUGAAGAGGUUGAAC